UUUCUUUAGAUAUGUCCACCGUUAUCAGAAAGGUUUGGAAAUGAAACAAUUAAAAGCAGCAUGGAGCGCCCCCUAAACACAAAAGUACCUUGGACAGAGGCUGUCAGCACCAUGGAGAGCGCCCGAUGCGUCACAAUUUAAGAACUGAGUCAGUUUAGGUUUUAAAGGUGGUGAAAUCCAAUAUACGUUUGUUCAGAGAGAAGUCAAAGAGAAUUUCAGAUAAAACUCGUUGCACCUGCUCUAAAGAAGAAUUUCUCAGUGAUGUUUAAGUUUUCAUCACAAAAUCAAAAACAGCACAUGAAUAAAAUCAUACAAGUUUUGUUUCAUUUCUAAUUCUUAUUAUCUAAAUACUUUCACAUUUCAAAAAACAGAACAUUGGAAUAAAGAAAUAUUAUUAAUCUGUUAAGAAAUAAUGUUUUUAAUCAAUUCAAUACAAACAAACUAAGACAGAAGUUUAUAGAAAUAAAGGAAUCUGUUAGAAAAUGGGCAAUUAUUAUGCUUUUUUAUUUAAUGAAGUCAACCAAACUCUUUAAAAUGAUGACAGACGGAUGGUAGAAACUUUGUAAAACUGUCUUUUGAUAGAUCCACUUAGAUUAUUCACAUCCACCAGACCUUUGCAGAUCAGUCACCAUCAACAUGAUGCGUCAGGCGGCUGGAAAUCCUCGAGCUUCAAGUCUGACACCCGUGAAAGGGAAAAGAAAAGCUGUAAAUCUGUCUAAGUCCUCGUGUUUUUCCUCCUCUUCCCUUAUGUGGUAGGGGCUGUUUUCAAAAUAGACCCCCACCCGCUCAAAGAAGACGUUGCCUGCAACACAUUAAGAUACUUGUGAUUGUGGUAUGAGUAAUGGGAACGUCAACAUUUUUUCUUUUAUCCUAAUAUUUUGCAGUCCACCCCCUCCACACACACCCGCUCUCUCUCUCUCUCUCUCUUCGGUUUUUCUCCUCCUCUCCUUUUUAUGCGCUUUACUCUCGCCCUCCCCCGGCUUUUCAGUUCGCUCACUGCGCUCUCAUCUUCGGCUUGUGGCUUGUCUCUCUGCCUACUCCCGUGCGUAAGAGCGCACAGAUGGACGCGGAAAGUGAUGCUCUCCUGGAAACGCGGAGCCAGUAAAAGCCUCUCUGGAAGGACGUGUUGACGCGCGUCAGGAGGGGGGGGCACAGGAGGCAUCAAGUCAAGUCCAGUCCACGGAGAUUUUUUGGGUUGUCAUGAAUCUAUUCUUCUCUUCUUAUUAUUGUGCUUAUUUUCUUGUUUUGCAUAAUGACACGUCCGUAAAGAUGCUCAUCUUUGCGCGUGACGGUGAGCGGAUUUCUGGGCGCGCGUUUCUGGACUUUUCCGCCUGUCAUGAGCGUGCGCCUCUCCCCCUCUGUCCAAGUCUUUCCGUGUCCGCGUGAAGUCGAACGGAGGAGCGAGCACAAUGAGAGGGAGAUACUUUCUCCUGGGCUUUCUGCUGCUCAAACUUAUGGCUCUCGUUUGCAAGGCUGACGGGGAGCCGGGACUUCUGGGGGGAUUCGUCAUGAUCGCCACUUCCAACGGCUCCAGGGAGGAGAGCGUGUCUGAGGAGACCCCGCACACCGAGGACAACUGUCGGGGUUACUACGACGUGAUGGGCCAGUGGGACCCGCCGUUCAUCUGCAAAACGGGCAAUUAUCUGUACUGCUGCGGCACCUGUGGCUUCCGCUUCUGCUGCUCCUUCAAGCAUUCGCGGCUGGACCAGAGCACCUGCAAGAAUUACGACACCCCGCUGUGGAUGAAGACCGGGCAGCCUCCCUUCAACAAAAUGAAAAAGAUUCGGGAAAACACCAAAGACAAGACGAACCUCAUAGUUUACAUCAUCUGUGGAGUAGUGGCCAUCAUGGCUCUUGUGGGGAUUUUCACCAAACUGGGCUUGGAAAAGGCGCACCGGCCCCAGAGAGAAAACAUGUCCAGGGCCGUAGCCAGUGUGCUGCAGGGCGGGUGUCCAGGUGAGCAGUACCGGGGGGAGGAGGCCCUCGGGAUGCAUUCUCAGCACUUUGUCUCCAGGGCUGCAAACAUCCAGGGUGGCCAGAUUAACAACAAUGUGGCAGCAGGCGCCAGCGUUGGCCAGCAGCACCCCUACCCCGCUCUCAGCCAGCUGGCUCACGUCUACGAACAGCAGCAGCAAAACAAGGAUCUCAGCAAGUACGCCUCCCUGAAGGCCGUAGCUGCCAAGUACAACGGCGAACAGUACAAGCGUCGUCUGAUGGUUGAGUUGCCAAAGAAAGGUGGCCUUCCCCUUCAGCCGAUGGGCAACUCUAGACCGUCUAUGGGCAACAUGUCCUCCAUGACUCCCCCAAUGACCAACAACCCCCUGACCUCCAAUCCAAUGAGCUCCAACGCCAUGAAACCCGGCAUCACGCAGAUGACUUCAAUGAGCCAGAUGACGUCCAUGAUGCCUAUGUCUUCACUCGCGCAGAUGACCUCCAUGGCUCCCAUGUCCUCGCUGGGUCCACUGACUCCGGAACCGGUGGCGACUUACGUCACAGAGAUGCCCAGCAUCUCCUCUGCCUCAAACCUCCCAACAGAGAGGCACAUAGCAGGCGGCGUGGGAGGGGGACAUAAGCCGAAUGGCCAGAAACCCAAAGUUGGUCAUGGUCAUGCGGGCCACAGCUCUCACACUCACGCCCACAGCCACAGUAACAAGCACACGGGACUUGGGGCUGGUUCCCUCGCUCAUCUGUCAGGGACCAUGCCAGGUGGCACCUCCCUGGGCAUCUCCAGAGCUGCCGAGACCGCCUUUGGCUCAAACUCAGCCACGAUGGGCCGCCCAGUAGCAUACAGCUCCAACACCAUCGCAGCUGGGCAUUCAGCGGGGUUUGGACUAAGGGGCUGGGACGGGACUGAAACGGUGGGCAGGAGGAAGAGCUACGGGCACAAGAGGCCUCAGUGUACCAUCCUGGAGCCCAACCAGCUGCACACCUCCAGGGGCCAGAGCCACAGCCAACAUUUCCUCCCCACACAGCCCUAUUUUGUGACCAACAGCAAGACAGAGGUGACUGUUUGAGAGCAGACAGGGAGCAAAGACGAGGGGCUGAUUUCAGAGGGGCAGGUCUGCAUGUUUGUUAGCGUGAGGUCCAGUGAAGCAUCUCUGUCGUUCAUGUUUAACAAACAGAGCUCACCAAUCAGACCACUUCACAGACUUUUCUGCUUGGCGGGAGGAUUUCCGAACUGGUGGUAACCAUGACAACUCUUCUGGCUGUAGUUCUGACGUGUGUAAAAGUGGCUAAACGUGGAUCGGCUUGGCAAACUAACUUGAGAAGCAAUAUAGUGGAUCAAAGUAUAAGACAGGAAAUACAUGUUCACCCCCAAACCCUUUCAGAUGAAGCACUGAAUGGUUUGGGAGACCUUUGGCUUCUGGGCGAGGUCAUUCAGAAACAACUUUGUAUGCUCGGGCGUUGCUGGGCGCCCUUUUCCAGCAUUGUUCAGACCUAAUCUGGUCUGUUUGGCAAGGGCGUGCAAAGGGGUAGCGUCUGCACGAUGCUGCAGCAGAGAGGAGCUUAUCAAACAAACACACACACAUUCAAACAUCCAUAGAAAAGCAGAUUUGACUCCAAGGGGCAGCUACGUACGGAAACACAGACAUUUAAAAAGCAAUUGAACACAAUGCAAAUGAGCGGCUGAUUGAACCUUUUUGUGUUUGCAUCUAAAUUGCGACGCUAGAAGGCAGCAGGUAAUGAACUCAACAAAUACUAGAAUCAAGAGGGAAAGUCCAAUCUAACGCAGAGGAGGGAAAAACUGCCAAAAUGCAUCUGGAGCUUCCUCCAAGAACUACAUAGAACGUUAAUUUAACUGGAUGAUAACCUAAAAGCUGUUUAACCUGAUGCACUCUACCUGAACCCUUUAAUUUAAAAACAAAGGGAACGUUUUUAGCCACAGUUUGAAGGGGCUUCCACCAUGUUUGCUACAUCUACAGGUGGGGCCAUAUUUUAGUUUACUCCCCAAAAAAACAUGAAAAUAACUGCACACCUGCAAAGACGGCUAAAUAUAAAGAUAAUUAUGAAUACAUUUAUAUUAAAGACCCAUUCUGGUCAUUUUUUUUACAGGGGCGGAGCUACGGGGGCCAAAACUCGAUUAAGAAGAUUGGGAAAUUAUCAAUACAAGGUUCAUAAGACAUUAAAAACAAAAGCAAUGUUUUAAAAUGAAAUAGAAAAAUAACAAUAAAACUGUUAAAAAUAUGUUUGUUUUUUUUGUCAUUUGUAAUGACCUUCCACUCUGCUGUUCUCGUUACCCGCCAAAGUCUUCUGCCCCCCUAUAUAAAAUGUUCCAACUCUGCCCCGGCCUUUUUUUUUAAAUGUUUUUUUAAAAACAUUUAACUCUUGAUUUUAUUUAUUUUAGUCAAAUCAAUUUGCCCUUGAGUUGUAGGCUGAACCGUUUGUGCCGAGCAACCCCGCCCCCUUUCCCCUCCCCGCUGCUGACAGUACAGGGAGCUUGUGGCCAGCCCAAUGUCACAAAUACGAUCUCUUUCCAACUACAGUUUUUCAUCUGCUCCUGAUUUACAAUCAUUUUUAUUUUAAAAAAAUACUAAGAAAAGCUCAUUUUGAGCAUAAUUUCCUUCCUCUAUCAUCAGACAAGGAAAUGUUAAAAGCACCAAUAAUGCCAUUUUUAUCGGAGUGGGUCUUUAAUAACACAAGGCAGGGUAGUUUUUAAAACACAGACUUUUUUUCAACAGAUAAGAGGUGUUUUUAUUAAAAUAUUAUGAGCCAUCAUGGUAAAUGCUCUAGCUGGGUUAAAGUUCCUCUUAAACAUCCUGAAAGGAACAUAUCUGAUCCUAAACCACAUGUAAACAUGUCUUAUUGCAGAAAAUGCGCUUUAUUCUCAAAGUGCUUGUAAACACGGUUCCUGAUACCUUUACUAUUGGAGCUUCUUUGAUGUAUUUUGAACAAAUUGUGUGCCGCCAAAUGCCUGCUGCAUUACCUUAAAGCCGACCAAAUGCAGGUUGUUUUUGCACGUUGUUACAUCUGUGCUGUCAGAGGUGAAGACAGGAAAAAAAGAGGAAUAAAAACCCAUUUUUGCCACCAGUAACUGAGCUUCAUUAGCUCGCUCACUGGGAGAAAAAUGAAUAAAUGCAUUUUGAAAAUAAAGGCAUCGCACCAGCUGGAAACAGCUAUUUGGGUCACAUGACUCAAACGUAAAAAUAAAUCUUGGAGUUUCGACAAAUAGGCCACAGUCUCUCCAAGCCUUUUCUGUAGCCACAGUUAGAAAUGUGACCUUGUCAUGAAAAAUGCAGCUUUCGCUGUUUAUUUUAACUCCAGAAAAAAUGCAUUAAUAUGCAUUGUAAAUCACAGGAUUUAUUCCUGAAAAUAUGUGUAAUCCUCACCAAAGCCCCAACAGCUGCCAUUGGCCCAGACAGCACGGCAAGAACAAUGACGGGUUUGCAGAUAAAGAAGGAGAAACUGAAGAUGUGUUAACCGUCCUUUUUUAAAAGCCUGAGAGGAUACGAGGAAGAGGUGCACUCGACAGUCUGAUGAGAGAAAAGGAAUUAAAGAUGUGAGGAAGAGACUCGUUUCACUUCCAGCUCCAGCAGAGCUGCACACACUUGGGAUCCAACAUUUGAGUUGCAAAAAAGAAAUUAAUGCCGCCGUUGUGAAAUCAAAAGCGACUGUGCCGGCUGAGCGGGAGAUAAGAGGGUCUAUAAAGGGGGGAUGUUUUCGCCUCACGCCGUGCAACACCCUGCUGCCUUCGGGGUCACGUGACUGCAGACCUGAGACGCGGAAUGGGAUUUUAAAAAGUCGACGGAGCAUUAAAAUGUCUUAACGAAACACCCACGCCGAGAGACUGGCACUGAGAACAUCCCACAGUGCUCGCCGUGCGCUCCCACAGUGCCGAGCGGCAGGUGUCAUGGCAGCAGAGAGACAUAGUCAGCCAUGCUGCUGCACCUGAAACACAUGAAAGACUGUGAAACUCCAGACCUUGGCCCUUUGUAGCAAUCAUGCUUUUUACAUAUAUAUACAAAUAUAUAGCCGUUCUCUCUUACAGUUUUAUUUUCUUCUUCUACUCCCUCUUUCACGUUUUCCCUCCAUAACUGAUUCCAUCAGAGCAGAAAAACGAGGAGUUGAGCUGCGAUGAGUCUGUCCUGUUACGCUGGAGGAAAGUUGUGCGGGGACGGGUGAGUCAAAGCGACUCGCUUUCACAAAUGUUUCUGCGCUUCUCUGGCAAAAGAAAAAAUAAAAAGGGACUGAUUUGAAGCAAAAAGCAAAAUGCACAUUUCAUUUUUCAUGUGGGGUUGUGUGUGAGUUCUGUUUGGAAAGGCAGUUCCUUCAAAGAUUU